AUGGGCGUAUCCUCCGUCGUCUGCCUUGCUGCUGCUGCUGCUGCUGCUGCUGCUGCUGCUGCUGCUGCUGCUGCUGCUGCUGCUGCUGCUGCUGCUGAUGCUGCUGCUGCUGAUGCUGCUGCCUGGUUGUCCAGGUUCCUUUACGGUAGGUGGGCUAACUCAUGAAAAGUUAACCGAAAUUCCGAAAUGCGUUUUCGUUUCGAAAAGAGUAAUUAAGUAGGGUUGUAGAACUAGUCGGUCUGCAACAUAAUUCUAUAAUAUUAUAGCUGCCUCAGGAUGCUGGCUUUCGAAUGAACUUCCUCCAGGCUGCAUGUGAAAAUUACACUCUGUAAAAAAUGACUACUUAAGUAGCAAGAAUUGUUCUCUUUCAUUUACGAUGCCCUAAGAGUUCAAUUAUGUUUCAUGAGAAAAAUGCAUAAAAAUAUUCAUUCUUUCGUUCAUUCAGUAGAUAAUUACGUCUUCUUCCAAUCUUAUACUCGACGAAAGGGUAUAAUUCGGUUUUCAAAAACUUUUCCAAUCCCCGAUUAAUUUUGAACCCGCUCAAUCGUUAUACUUGGAUUCAGGGUUUCCAAACUACAAGCCAUGUAUUUUUCGCGUACGAAAAACCACACAUUUCUCUACGGUAUUAAGAGGAAACCAUAUGGGGUUCAUAAAAUUUAGCAGUGGAUUUGAUCCAUACUAAUUGUAUAAGCCAUAUUAGUAAAUGCAGAGAUAUGACGAUUUAUGAACGGCCAUUUCACAGUAUUUACAAGCCCCAAAAUUAUAAACUUUUUAGGACCGAAUUAUGUCCUUCCUUCGAGUAUAAAAUUAGAAGAAGACGUAAUUAUCUGCCGGAUGAGCAAAAGGAUGAAUAUUUUUAUGCAUGUUUUCCAUGAAUUGUAAUUGGACUUUUUGGGCAUCGAAAAUCAAUGAGAAAAAUUCGUGCUAAUUAAGUAGUCAUUUUUGCAGUGUGGUUUUCGCAUAAAGCCGGAAGUUCAUUCGAAAGCCGACAUCCUGAGGUAGCUAUAAUAUUAGCUAAUUUUGUUGCGGGCUGACUAGUUUUACAACCCUACUUAAUUAAUCUUUUCGAAACGAAAAGGCAUUUCGGAAUUUCGGUUGACAUUUCAUGAGUUAGCUUACCUGCAAAUCAGCGUUACUAACUGACUUCACGCUCAAAGUGAGGCACAACCGCCCGUCAAAUUCGUCGAGGUUAAAGAGGCGAAACCCCGUCAGUCUCAUUUAAUAGGCAGGCAAGUUUCUUCAUCCGGCUAGACGCGAUUUCCGCAAAGUUCCUCCCCCCUGUUAAUCCUUUCCUGCUGCAUGUUUGGAAAAAUCCUACCAAUUCUCCUGCAGCGGGUCCCCCGGCCCCACGUGGACGCCCGACAGUGAUGGCUUCCGAAAACCCGAAGUAUCGGUGA